AUGUCCUCGCUCGACGCCCAGCUCGCCGCCGCCCUCGCCUCCCGCGACGACCGCCACAUCCGCCGCCGCCUCCCCGCCCCAACCGACCCCACCGCGCCCCCGUACGCCGACUACGCCUCGAACGACUACCUCGCGCUCGCGCGCUCCCCCACCCUCCGCACACACCUGCUCGCCCGCCUCGCCGCGGCCCCCGCGAUCCUCGGCUCCGGCGGCUCGCGCCUGCUCGUCAACGGCGCGCCGCACGCAGCGCUCGAAGCGCGCCUCGCCGCCUUCUUCCGCGCGCCCGCCGCGCUGCUCUUCAACUCGGGCUUCGACGCCAACGCGGGCUUCUUCGCGUGCGUCCCGCAGCGCGGCGACGCCGUCGUGCACGACGAGCACAUCCACGCGUCCGUGCACGACGGCGUGCGCGCGGGGCGCGCGGCGCACCUGUCGUUCGCGCACAACGACGUCGCGGCGCUGCGCGGUGUGCUGCGGCGCCUGCUCGCGGAGCACCGCGGGCUGCGCGAGGGCCGGGGGAGCGUGUUCAUCGCGGUGGAGACGGUGUACAGCAUGGACGGGACGAUCGCGCCGCUGCGGGAGAUCGUGGCGCUGGCGGAGGAGCUGCUGCCGCGGGGGAAUGCGCACGUCGUCGUGGACGAGGCGCACGCGACGGGGAUCUAUGGCCCGCAGGGGCGCGGGGUCGUCGCCAUGCUCGGGCUCGAGGACAAGGUGCUCGCGAGGCUGCACACGUUUGGGAAGGCCCUCGCCGCCAGCGGAGCCGUCGUGCUCACCAGCGUUCUCGUUCGCGAUUAUCUGCUCAAUUACGCCCGCCCGCUCAUCUACACGACGUCGCUCAGCCAUGCGAACAUCAUCGCCGCUGGCUGCUCCUUCGACAUGCUUGAGAACGGCACCGCAGAAAAGCUCUCCAAGCACCUCCUCGACCUCUGCGCCUACUUCCUCCACCUCCUCCGCGCCGAGCUCGCCACCAUCGACCCCUCCAUCCUCUCGCUCCCCCCACACCUCCAAAGCCCGCUCUCCACCGACCCCGCAACGUCCCCCACGAGCCUCCCCACGCCCAUCAUCCCCCUCCUCACGCGCCUCCCGCGCCCGCUCUCCGCCUUCCUCCUCGCGCGCGGCAUCAACGCGCGCCCGAUCACCUGGCCCACCGUCCCCAAGGGCAAGGACCGCGUGCGCAUCUGCCUCAACGCCGGCGCGACGCGCGCGGACGUGCUCGCGCUCGCGCGCGCCGUCGUCGAGUGGGCGCGCGCC